GUUGUUGUCAUGUCAGAUGCUUUGACGUGUAUUCCCAGCUGUCAAGUUAUAGCUAACUCACAUCACAUUUUGUUUUCCAAUUUUCUAAUAAUGAGAAAGAAAAAAUAAAAAGUGCAGUGCGAAAAUCUUACUUCAACAUACAUUUGUUUAUAUGUUUACGUGAGAGACAAUUAUAAUUUUUAAAAAUGGUUCUCAUGACUAUGAUCGCGAGGGUCGUAGACGGUCUCCCUCUGGCCGCUACUAUGCAGGAGGAUGAACAGAGCGGGUGCAAUGUUCUGGAGUACCAAAAUCAGGCUAAAAUGCUGUUUAGAAAACUAGGCCCGCAGUCACCGACACGUUGCUCCAUCGAAACUGGGCCCUAUCUCUUCCAUUACUUAAUUGAGCACGAGAUAUGCUAUCUGGUGUUGUGUGAGCGUAACUACAGCAAGAGGCUAGCCUUCAGCUAUCUAGAAGAAAUAGCACAAGAGUUCUACCAACAGUACGGGAAACGGGUGAACACGGUGACCCGGCCCUACACGUUCAUCGAGUUCGACACGUGGAUGCAGCGCGCGCGGCGGCAGUACGCGGAGGGCGGCGCGCGCGCGCGGCGCGCCGGGGCCGCGGCCAGCCUGGGCGGCCAGCUGGGCGACGUGCAGCGCAUCAUGAUGCAGAACAUCGACGACGUGCUGCAGCGCGGCGCCAUCCUCUCCGAGCUCGACACCAAAACACAGAACCUGUCCAUGAUGUCCUCUAAGUACAAGAAGGAUGCCACAUACCUUAACACAAAGUCUAUGCUGGUGAAGGUGACGGCGGGGGCUGUCAUCCUUCUCGUCUUCGUUCUAUACUUCUGGGUGCUUUAGGUUGCCCUGGACCAAAUUUGGUACAUGACUACUUUCUGCAAUAUCACUCAAAGAUGCCAACUUCGAUAUAUUACUUAUGUCAAUGUACAUCACUUCUAUUUAUAUUUUCUGAAAGGAAUAUUUUAAAUGUGUAUAUUUUGUCAAUCUUCCAACACUUCUUCUAAUUUUAUUCCUGUAUUAGGAAUUAUAUCUUACUUCAAACCUCAUACAUCUCUUGUGAUAUUGCAGACAUACUGAUAUUCCACAGAGGAGAGUUCUGUUAUAGUUAAAUUGCCUUUCAAAGCUAUAAUAGUACACAAGGAAUAUUCAAGUAAACUAAAGGAAAAUAAUAUUUUUUAUGUGAUUAGUCUGGAGUUUUGUAAGUAGAGACAUACUAUGGAAAAAUAGAAGUAAAUGCUGAAUCUGGAUCCCUUAUUUAAGAAUAAUUUCUUUUUGCAAUAAUAAUACCUAGUUUAAGGUAAUUUGGUUCAUAUUCUAUUAUUUGUCCAUCUACCAUUUCUUCCUAGGGUUAAAAGUGUAUUAUGAGUGGUAUUUUCUUACUGGUAUAAUAGUGUUCUGGUAAAGCUGCUUCGAUUUACUCAUAAGGAUUACAAUGAACCCAUAAAAGGCAUUCCAAGCAAUAUAAAUAUUUUGCAUAAAAAUUGUACCAAAAAUUUAUUAUUGGAACCAAUAAUUUUUUUAGUUGGAGUGUUUUAGAGUUCUAAAAUACAUAUGGCUGUAUUUUAAUCUCCAGAAGUAAAUCUCUGUAUGUAUGCCCAACAUAAGUUUUUUAAAAAGCGUAGCACGCUUGGUGAUGGAAUGUUAUGAAUUUUAUCACAUAUUGUUAAUAUUGUAUUUAUUUUAAGAUUUAAUAAAUAUGCAUUCUUUCGA